AAGGACUAACCGCCAUAUCCCAAGUACUUACUCUCGAAGGUUAUUACAGAUCUUGGCCUCAUGCCGACAGCAGUAACCAGCACGACAGAUGUACUAAAUUAUGCACACAGUCUGCUCACGUCCCAUCGGGAGCUACUUACAAACGUGCGCAACUCACAGCGAGCACAUCGACGGCAGCUUCGUGCCAUUGCCACCGCACCUAACGAUCUGGUAAAUUUCCCAAUCAUUGACUCACCUGCACCGUCACCAUUACCGUCCCCACCGUCAUCACCGCAACUCGCACACCGUACUCGCCCGCAGCGCCCAGAUCUCCCACCUGCUAAGCGUGCGAGGGUCGCCCGAUACGCAAACUAUGUCCCUGAAGAGGAAACAAUCCGCAAUGACUACUCGCAGCGGUAUGUCGACAGCGGUGAGUGGCCACAGAACCGGGUUCUCGGUGCAGAGCCUUCCCGCCGUUUUGAGGAAUACCCGAAGCAGCAGCGCCUGCUCGGCCUGAAAAAGGAGUCUGUCGAUGCGCAUGCUACACCUCCGUUUUUCCUUCCCUUUUCUCACCUUUCUUCAUUACACCCUCAAAAGUUCGACGUAAUCCUCCUGGAUCCCCCGUUCUCCUCAUCGUUUAGCUGGGACGAUCUCCAAGCACUUCCUGUCCCUUCCCUUGCAGCUGACCCUUCAUUUGUAUUCAUGUGGGUAGGAAGUGGCGCAGGAGAGGGUCUCGAACGUGGUCGCGAGGUCCUUGCCAAGUGGGGCUACCGUAGGUGUGAAGAUGUUGUAUGGGUAAAAACCAACAACACCACCAAUCGCGGACCGGGUACAGACCCACCUACCACUUCUCUUCUGACCCGCACAAAACAGCAUUGCCUCAUGGGUAUCCGUGGCACGGUACGUCGCUCGACUGACAGUUGGUUCGUUCACUGCAACGUCGACACCGACGUCAUCAUCUGGGAAGGCGACCCCGCUGACCCAAUGCGCAAACCACCCGAAAUGUAUACCCUCAUAGAAAAUUUCUGUCUCGGCACGCGCCGUCUUGAGCUUUUUGGGCGGGCGCGCUCGUCCCUCCGCCGCGGAUGGGGGAGCAUGCGCGGACUGCGGAGGGUGAUGGCCGUGCACUCAUGGAACAAAGAUGCAUGGGAAGAAGCAACUCGCCACUUGGCUUCACUCGCAGGAGGAAAGGCCGUCGUGCCGAAUUCGCAGGAGAUUGACGCUCUUCGCCCGAAAUCACCUAUGCGUCCUGGGAACUCGGGUGUGAGUGGUGGAGUUGGCGUUGGCGUUGGCAUCAGUGGUGGUGUAGGCGUAGGAAGUGCAGGGGUGGGAAUGAAUGCGGGAAAUAUGAACGCCGACCCCAACAUGAACAUGCAGCUCUCCCGGCGUCCGCCUUCCCAGAAUCAAAUGAUGGUGUCGCCAAUGAUGGGGAUGGGGAUGCCAAUGGACAUGGGCAUGGGCAUGGGGAAUAUGAUGGGCAUGGGCAUGGGAAACAUGGGCAUGAUGGGCAUGGGGAACAUGGGAGUGAUGGGAAUUGGGGAUAUGCCUGGGCGCUACAUUCCAAUGGGUAGGGGAUGGUGA